AUGUUGGAUCAUAGAAUAUUCAUCUUGACAAGAAAUUAUAGACAUGAUAAAAUAUGCAUCACAAGCACUAAGGGCUAUAGCUCAGUUGGUAGGGAGUCGAGCUCCAAGGAUGUGGCGGAUAUCGGUGCAGCGGAGGACGAGAAGGACGUCGGGUGGCUACAGCUGAGCAUCGGUGGUGGCGGCCACGAAUUAAAGCAAGAUCUCAUGAGCGAUCAAACGUCACUGAAAAAUGACAACGGGUCAAGUCUGGUGGAGCUUGAACUCAUGCCUACUAGUAGUAGUCAUUCGCAAAUGAUAAGGCCAUUAGGCCCUAUGCCCGAAUUUCGAGCCCCGAGGCCAGUAAUGAAUUUCGCAGGGUUUAGUCCAUCAUACUUCUUGCAACAACAACAUCAUCAAGGGAGUAGUAGUUCCCAUUACUUCCCCCCACAUCAAGAAAUUAACUGGGCAUUUAGGCCUAUCCCGAUUAGUAUAGCCGCAGCAGCGUCUUCGUCUUCGUCUUCAUCCUCGUUUUCAUCUCCGUCUCCUCUAAUGGCGGCGGCCCCAUCGGCCUCUUAUUUCGCACGGCCGUUUCAACUCUAUGCUGGGGUGGAUAUGGCGCCCGUGGGGCCACCCGGCGUGGAUUUCAGAGUCGUUCAACCUCCUAGGAGGCCGCAUUCCGGCGUAUGGUUCAUGCUCCAAGCAUCACAAAAUCAAGAAAAAGAACCAUUUUUGCCGCAGAUAUCCAAGAGCUACUUGAGAAUCAAGGACGGGAGGAUGACAAUACGACUGGUUAUAAAGUACUUGGUUAACAAGCUUAGGCUGGAAAACGAAUCAGAGAUUGAGAUAAGAUGCAAAGGGCAAAGGCUUCUACCUUUCUUGACAUUGCAGCAUGUAAGAGAUAACAUAUGGAGUAAUAAUCCAAGGGAUUUCAUCACUUUGCUUCCCAAUUCCUCCACUACCCAUCACAUUAUGGUGCUUCACUAUGGUAGAAUUAAUGCUUCUAAUUAAUAUAUUUUCCUCCCUACCCCCACCAUAAUUUAACCUUUUUUUUUAAUUUCUUCACUUAAUUUUUAA